CUCCCAGAGCACUGCAGCUCCUCCUUCCACCUCUCAUCCGCUGCCCCUCCCUCGUCCCCUCCAUCUCUGCGAGGUGCAGCAUGUAUGUGAGCGUGUGAGCCAGCAGAUCUGCCCGUGUGUUUACAUGUCAGCCUAUCAGCGCCUCUGGAUUGAACGCAUCUGGAGAGAACAGCAGCAUUUCUCAAAUGCCUCGCAGACAAGGGGAUUUUUCCAACAGCACACGUCCCUCCUCACCAUUUAAAGCGAGUGCGUCCUCAUCCCUGCGUCCCUGUCUCCAUGCUUUCGGAGGCAUUUUGAAUUUCCUUGGCAACAUGGAGCUGCCUGAAUUAGAAUUCUCUGCAUGACAGUCCUGGUAAACACUAGGAUGCUGGAGGCCGGAGGGCACAGCUAUUUGAUGGCAUGUUGGCAGCCCAUCCUGUUCCUAAUGCUUGGCACAGUCCUGUCAGGCUCAACCACUGGGUGCCCUUCCAGAUGUGACUGUAAUGGACAGGAGCGCUCCGUUGUCUGCCAUCGACGGAGACUCGCCACACUACCGGAGGGCAUUCCCACAGAAACGAAGCUUCUGGAUCUCAGCAAAAACCGUCUGAAAAUCCUCGGUCCAGAAGAGUUCAUUAAUUAUCCACUUUUGGAGGAACUCCAACUUAAUGAAAACAUUAUUUCAUCCAUUGAGCCUGGGGCUUUUGGCAACCUCAUGAAUCUGCGGACCCUGGGAUUACGGAACAAUGAGCUGAAACUUAUUCAGCUGGGGGUUUUCACGGGCCUGACAAAUCUCACCCAACUGGAUAUAAGUGAAAACAAGAUUGUUAUUCUUCUUGACUACAUGUUUCAGGAGCUUUACAACCUGCGGGCUCUGGAAGUUGGCGACAAUGAUUUGGUCUUUAUUUCGCCCCGAUCCUUUCAUGGCCUCAGCAGCCUUGAGAGCCUCAGCAUUGAGGGAUGCAACCUGGCCUCAGUUCCCACUGACGCCCUUGGUCACGUGCAUAACCUGAUGUCACUUCGAUUACGCUAUCUGAAUGUCACCGGAAUAAGAGAUUACGCCUUUAAAAGGCUGUACCGGCUGAGAGUGCUCGAGCUCUCACAUAUGUCCGCCCUCGAUAAUAUGAGUUCAAAGAGCUUGUUUGGAUUAAACCUGACUUCGCUGUCAAUCACAAACUGCAAUUUAACAACCAUCCCCUACCAAGCCAUCGGCCACCUCAGACACUUGCGGUUCUUGAAUCUGUCUUUCAAUCCCAUUCAUACCGUCGAAGGAAAUCAAUUGCACAAUCUACAGAAGCUCCAGGCUUUCCAUUUGGCAGGUGGAAGCCUGGCAGCAAUCGAGCCCUACUCUUUCCGUGGACUAAAUCAUCUCCGCGUACUUAACGUGUCACGCAAUAGCCUGAGCACAUUAGAGGAGUCUGCCUUUCACUCAGUGGGAAAUCUGGAGACGUUGUCCCUGUAUGACAACCCUUUAGCCUGCGACUGCCGUUUGCUGUGGGUUUUCCGUCGGCGAUGGAGGCUUAACUUUAACAGGCAGCAGCCUGUCUGUGCAUCUCCUGAUGUGGUGGCGGGAAAGGAGUUCAAGGACUUUCCAGACGUACUCCCUUCUGACUAUUUCACCUGCCGUAAGUCGAAGAUUGUGGAUAAUACAGUUCAAGAGCACCACGUAGACGAAGGGACCACCGUCCAUUUUUCUUGCCUAUCAGAGGGUGAUCCGGCUCCGGUAAUCAUGUGGCUUUCUCCCAAGAAAGAAUUCCUCACCACCAAAACUGUUGGAUCAAGAUUUACCGUGUCAACCGACGGAACCCUGGAGGUGCGAUACGCCCAGAUCCAAGACAACGGUACCUACUCAUGCAUUGCCAGCAAUGCCGCAGGCAAUGACACCAAAGCAGCUCAUCUUUUUGUGCAUAGCUACUCUCCCAAUUGGCCUCAUCAGCCCAACAAAACAUUUGAACAUUUAAAUCAACCGAACGACGAAGGCGCGAACGUCACGCGCACCAACGUUGCGUUUCCAUUUGACGUAAAGACGCUCAUUAUUGCCACAACCAUGGGAUUUAUCUCUUUUCUUGGAGUUGUCCUUUUCUGUCUGGUGAUUUUGUUCCUCUGGAGCCGAGGAAAAGACAACACAAAAUCGAGUAUCGAGGUAGAAUAUGUUCCCCGGAAAGAGGAGACGGAGGAGACGAGUACAGCAGAAGAUCCUGUACAGUUCAACAUGAAGAUCAUGUGAACCUCUCAAAAGGCCAUAGAGCACAGACUCCAGUCAGGAUGUCCAUCAUCCUCAUUACAAGUAUAUACUCCUUUUAAAGGGAUAGCUAUUGCACAGCAGCAAACGCAUCUUGAAUACAACCCAAGACAUUUUUUUUUUUUUUUUUACACAAGGGACUAAAUAUGUACAAGUUAAACAUUUCAAUGUAUGUAACUGUGUUUUGACAAUACUUAAUAACUCUGUUAACAUGCACAUGUUAGCCUGAUGAAAACCUUUUUUUUUUAAACUGAAGAAUUAUUCUAGAAAAGUCAGGAAAAACAAAGAUCUCCUAUAAAAUCUUACCACGGUUAUAUUUCUGCUAUGAACUGUAUUCUGUUCUCAUCUAUUUAGAAAGCACAAUCCUUACAUUUUAGAGCCUAAUUCCUAUUACUUGAAAUAUUAACACAGGCGUUUUGAAUAAGCUGAGAGUCAAGAGAAGCGCAAACCUAAUGAAUCAUAGAUGAGCACAGAUAUCGAGUCCUAUUUAGGAGGCAGCACCAUCAGCUCCUGAUAAAAUAUUACCAUUAAUUCAGAAAUAGUCACUCAGGAUUGCACAAGAUAAUUGUAUCUCGCUGUUGGCCUCGAGAAUGUUUAAAUUUGGGAAAUUGGGUUUGUUAACGUUGGCAAAUUCUUGGUCUGAAUUAUUGCUAUAAUCCGAUUGCACAAUAGUCAAAUUAAAGAUGUGCAUGUUAACUCAGAGGACUCUACGCUCAGCCCUUUGGGAAGGUCUGUCAUACAUUGUUGGCUGUAAGUAUUCUUUUCUGUAUUAUAGUUUUUCUUUUUGGUUUUUGUUUUCCUUGUACAAUAUGCUACAGUGCAGUACUAAUGCUCUUUGCAUCUGUGGGUUUUUGAGACAAUGCGAAACACUGAGCAAGGUUUUCUGUGUGAAUAUUUCUGACAGGAAUUAGUAAAUCUUAUUUUACCUGAAAUAAGACGUCAGACACAAACGUGGAAUCGGUUAAAUUGACCCCAUUCUGUCUCAACGUAUGAACAAACUGCCAAUUUUGAAAGGUGAUAAUGUCACUGAGCAUCAAAGCAAAGUAAGAUUAAAAUGUUGCCUUAAAUAACACGGUAAGUACAGAACCGAGCAGAAACCAAGUGUAAAUGUCUUAAUGGGUUAACAAAAUCACACAUUUGUAAUCUCAGUGCUCCGAGUAUGAAUUGUUCAACCCUUAUAGCACUUGUUUUAAAUGGGUGUUCUGAUGGAAAUAUUAUUAAAAUAAAUAUUUGUUUCAUACAUUUUUCUUGCCUUUUUGUUUGGAUCCAAAGUUUGGGAAAUGUGUCUGCUUCCAACAGUAAGCUCCAAUUCUCUGAGUGGAAUCGACAAAAAAAAUUAAUUCACCUCUUAACUGAAUUAAAUUACAGCAAAGACUUGAAUCACAGCAAACAAGUUAAUCCAUUAAAUGAGUCACUCCGUUUUUCUUGGUCCUGUUUUUCAUUGAAAUUGCUCCGAGACUGUUCUCAGUACUCAUGUUGUAUCCAAAGAAAAAGUGUUAUUUAUAUAACCAGGUGACACUUUUGAAUGGGCAACACAUAUUUGGUAUUGAUCAACAAAUUGCUUGCUUUAGUUUGAAUAAUAUGGUGUUGUCUGGAGUGAACCUUCGAGACAGUUCCAAGGUAAAAUAUAGUCAGGCUUAACUAGAUACUAACCAGUACUAUAUAAUGAUCAAUUAUUGGUGCUGCUCAUCCACUUCUGUAUAAGUAGUUGU